AUGUAUCGUUAUCACCCUAGUUUCACUUUCCAUCAACACUACUUCGGCGUCAUGCCAGUUUACGUGAUCUUUAUUGGACCAGGGCGAGGCAAUCGGAGUCUAAUGACUUUCAUGCAACAAUAUCGAAACCGCUUACAGUACGAUAAAAAGCAGGAAAGGCAAGAGAAAAAAUAUCAAGCCAUUCAGAAGACCCAACCGAAACAAGAAUGGCCAGGAGAGCAACAAAACCUAGCAUUUCUGAAAACAGAAGAGGAGGAAAAAUGGAAACAAUAUAUUCAACAGAAACUAGAAUGGCGACAACAGCAAAAUCUCAAGAAAGAAAAGGCAGAGAAAAUACUAAGACAGGAAGACGAGCAAACACAAGAGAUGCCAGCUGACUUAACCUGUACGUGGCAGAUCCCGAGGUGGGAUGGAAAAAAACAGCAAAACAUGAUAUUGCAAACGCAAAUAUUGGAAAAGGAGCUUGUAGAUUCUGUACAAAAUCGUCACCUGGAGGAGGAGGUUAGGGCGAAGCACAUGUUGCAAAAACGACAUCUUGAAGAGCAACUAAAAGCCAAACGAGAAUUGCAAACACGUCACUUGGAGGAGCAACUCAGGGUUAUGCAUAUGUUGCGAAAGCAACAGCUGGAAGAAGAGCUUCGAGAAAAGAGAUUACUGCAGGAGCGACAACUCGAGGAAGAGCUGAAAGCCAAGGAGUCAUUACAAAAGCGUCACCUGGAAGAAGAGUUAAGAGUAAAGGAGUUAAUACUAAAUCGUAAGCGAAUAUUAAGAAAACAGUGUCGUGAAUUAAGCAAACAAACACCAAAACAAGAGCAACCACAAAAGUUACAAGAAACGCAGACGAAAGUACCGGUGGGAAAAGAUAAUGAAAAAAUACUUAAGCGGCAGUGUCAAGAAGAUUUAAAAAGAGAGAAGCUGAAGGAGCUGCUAAAGCAAGAGAUACGUAAGCUGAAGCAGGAAAUACAGCUCGAGAAGUUGAAAAAAGCGAAUGACAGUGAAAAAAUACAAACAAACUCCAUUGUGCAGUCCAAAUCCAGUUUGUCGGAAGCUGAUUUUGCCAAGCAUUUACGACGUCACAUAAUCGAAGCAAAACUUUUGAGGUGCCAUGGCUAUCCAGUCGAGAGCGUCACUCAUGAUGGCUGCGUGGAGAUCCACAAACACCAACCAGACCUUGUUGACUUAUCAGAAUCUAUUACAAACAACGGGGUUACUGUUAGCAGUUGCUUUAGUUCGUUCUCGGUGAUAUCGGAAACGAUCGAUAAUAAUGUUGACGAUUUAGCGAUCAGUAAGAAAGGUGAUGGAGAUCAAAACCAGACACAGCUCGUCGAGUUCGGUGCAAUUCCACUGAAAGAAAUACGUAAAUCGCCAAAAAUAGUAUCGUCAAGCGCUAACAGCUCAUUUUCGGUGAUAUCAGAUACGGACGAUAAUAAUGUAGACGAUUUAGUGAUCACUAACAAAAGUGGCAAUGAUGAGAGCCAGACACAGCUCGUUGAGUUCGGUAUAAUUCCACCGGCAGAAAAACAUAAAUCGCCAAUAAUGGUAUCGUCAAGCACUAACAGCUCAUUUUCAGUGAUAUCAGAGACGAACGAUAAGAAUGUCGACGAUUUAUCGAUCGCUAACAAAGGUGACGAAGAUCAAAACCAGACACAGCUCGUUGAGUUCGGUAUAAUUCCACCGGCAGAAAAACAUAAAUCGCCAAUAAUGGUAUCGUCAAGCACUAACAGCUCAUUUUCAGUGAUAUCAGAGACGAACGAUAAGAAUGUCGACGAUUUAUCGAUCGCUGACAAAGGUGACGAAGAUAAAAACCAGCCACAGCUCGUUGAGUUUGGUUCAAUUCCACAGACGGAAAAACACAAAUCGCCAAAAAUAGUAUCGUCGAGCACUAACAGCUCAUUUUCAGUGAUAUCAGAUACGAACGAUAACAAUGUAGAUUGUGUAAUGAUCUAUGAUAAGGAACAAAACUGCCGUCAAUUCGAUGAGUCCUUGCGGAAAGAUUGCGUUCGCUGUGGGCGACCCUUCUAUGUCAACGAAUUGGGCGAAUAUUUAAAUCGUGAAAGUUGCACUUAUCAUUGGGGUAAGCUACACUACGCCUAUAAAGGGAAACGAGGUUACAUUCCACAAUAUACCUGUUGUGAGGGUCACAAAGGUUCCGAAGGUUGUGCACGCCAUCCGCUACAUAUAUGGAGUGGUAUUGUGGACGGUCUAAACGGUCCCUACAAUGACUUCCUACGUACGCGUGCACGUUGUGAGAAAACCGACGAUGCACCCAAAGUGUAUGCACUCCAGUGUAAAAUGUGUUUCACUGGGCGCGGACUCGAGGUAACCAAGGUAAUGUUGAUGGGCUACGACGGACAAUUAGUAUAUGACCAAUAUGUACAGCCGACAACUGACAUCGUAGAUUAUUGGAUGUACUACUCGGACAACAGUCGCACGGAUACACUUGAAAGAAGAAUUUUUAAGAGGUUGUCCGACGUGCAACAGGAUUUGCUCGAAUUGAUUGAUGCCGAUACCAUACUCAUUGGACACUGUUUAGAGCAUGAAUUGCGUGUGUUGCGCAUUAUGCAUAAAAAUAUCGUUGACAUAGCUAUCGAAUUCGCACAUCCAUUGGGUUUGUUCCCCGGUCGGUCACUUCAGAACUUGGCUGAGAUUUAUUUAAAGCGCGGCACUCAAGAUGGCAGCCAAGGUCCUGAUGGUUUGGAGGAUAUGCGCAUUUGUUUAGAGCUCAUGAAGUGGAGAGUGCGAGAGGAUAAGCGCCAAAUCGGAUCAAAAAUAAUACCGGAACUUUAUUAA